AUGCAAUUCCAUCUACUCAAAUUAAGAUGUUUAUGUUUUGCUGCUGUUGUUAUAUUUAUAACACAGAAUGUGUCAGGAAUUGAAACUCGUGCAGAGCGGCGUAUUGAUCUUCUCAACGCACCGCAUGAUUUCGAUGCGGCUUACGGACCCCACUACACGGAUGUCGAAAACUACUAUGAUAUAUUUGAAGAAGUUGCAAAAUUAUCUCCAUACAACGAAAAGCGCUCUUCACGCAUACAUGUUUUCCGGCGUGACUGCAUAUCUCGUGGCGGUGCUUGCGACAGUAGGCCCAAUGACUGCUGCUACAAUAGCUCGUGUCGUUGCAAUCUCUGGGGCAGCAAUUGUCGUUGUCAACGCAUGGGACUCUUCCAGAAGUGGGGCUAA